AUGGCUAUUGAGUCAUGUUGCUAUUUGGUGUUUUCUCUCGUGGGAUUGUUCUUUCUUGCUUUAUUCUUCAUUCCUUCAAGGAAAAAUCAGCUUUACCCAAAAUCCCAUCCCCUAAUUGGUUCCUUGUUGGAAUUUAUAAGAAAUCGCGACCGGCUUAUCCAGUGGACUUGUGAAAUUUUCGACAAGUCAUCGUCCUCCACAUAUACACUUGAAGCUCCACUCGGGCGGAAUAUCAUAAUCACUAAAGACCCUUCCAAUGUCAAGCAUAUUCUCAAGACUCGCUUCGAUAACUACCUCAAAGAGAGCACGCUCAAAGCAGCUUUAUCAGAUUUUUUCAGGGAGGGCCUUUUCCUCGUCGAUGGCUCGGAAUGGAAGUCAAAGAAACAGACUUUGCGCCAUGCUUUCGAUCCGAACGCAUUUCAUGCUUAUAUAUCUGUAGCAGAGGAAGAGCUCCCCGGUCGUCUUCUCCCUUUUUUAAGUAACAUAGCAGCUCAGGAAAAUGCUACAAUUGAUCUCCAGAAUACAUUUAAGCGACUCACAUUCGAUUUGAUAUUUCGGAUUGGGUUUGGGUUCGAUCCGAAAUAUCUAUUACCUUCUCUGCCAUCAACCCCUUUAGCCUACACUUUUAAAACUGCACUGAUACUCAGCAUUUUUAGGUAUAUUACCUUACCCCUGAUAUGGAAAGCUAAGAGGUUCUUCAACACAGAAUCCGAGAAAAGACUCCGUAUCAUGGUCGAUGAAUUUCACAAGUUCGCUGGUAACAUUAUCGUGGAAAAGAAGGAAAGAUUAGCCGCGAUCACGGAUUUCGAGGACAAGGACUUGCUUGCAAGAGUAAUGACAAGGGCACAGGGCGAUCAACUAGACGACGCGUUCCUCAUCGAUGCAUUUACUAACUUUGUCUUGGCAGGACAGGACACACUCUGUUCGGCUUUAUCAUGGCUUUUUUGGCAGAUCUCGACUAACCCGAAUGUGGAACAAGAAAUUGUCAGGGAAAUUAGUGAGAAAGAUCGUUUGAACGACAUGGUUUACACGCACGCUUGUAUAUAUGAGAGCAUGAGACUCCAUCCGCCCAUCCCACUGAACACAAAAGAAGCAGCGGAAGACGAUGUUUGGCCUGAUGGGACAAAGGUGAAAAAGGGGACGACCAUAAUCUACCACAUAUACGCUAUGGGAAGGUCACAAGAAUUGUGGGGAUCAGAUUGGGCUGAUUUUCGUCCCGAAAGAUGGUUGGAGAAAAGAAGAAGUAGUACUGGCACAUAUGUUUGGAAUUUCAUCGCCAGAGACGCUUUUACGUAUCCGGUGUUUCAAGCAGGGCCAAGGACUUGUUUAGGAAAAGAAAUUGCGGUUAUGCUGAUAAAAAUGGUGGUUGCCACCAUCCUAAAGCGCUUCCGAGUCAUUCCGGCUCAGGACAAUUUCUCUCCACAUUAUGCUAUAUUUAUAGCAUCAAGGAUAAGACAUGGCUUUCCGGUAAGAAUCAUAGAGCGUCAUUGA